AUGGAAGUUCAUCGUGAAGACUGCUGGGUCUUGCUCGGUAGCACUCGUUUGCCACAUCUACGCAGCUUUCUAAGGGCUCGACCAGACUUCGAUCCUUCUCUUGAACGCAAUCGUCAGGAGAGCUUAGGCCAUAUUUGGGCAAAGGAGUUCUGGGACAGGGAGCACGAGAGGGGGACACCUCCUCUUGAGUGGUUCCAGAGCUGGGGCACCAUCAAGAACAAGUCAGGAAGCUCAUCAACAGACUUUCAAGAGGCGGGGGAUGACUCGUGGUGCAAGAUGACGAAUCGGCACGAGGCCGCUGCAGAGUUUCCUUCGCUCGACGAGGACAGUUUCGAGGAAGAAGACGAAACCGGCAGUGGAGAGGCCGAAGCUGCUACUGUGAUCAAGUUCGUAGCUUCUGGGUCUGCACUCGAGGGCGAUGAAGACUGGCAAGGAAGGCUGUCUCACAAAGACCUCAAGUUGUUUAAGAAGAAGCUGGAGGAAGCCAUCCUGCGGGACGAGCGCUGCUUUGCCUUUAUCCGCAAAUACGUCACCAAAGCCCUCACCCCGGACGAACGACCACGAGGUGUGAUCCGCUCUGGCAAUCCCACUGCCGAUCAGCUCCGACGAAUCCUAGACUCCAUCAACAAGCUCUUUGACUGUCUACGCGCCAAGAUGACCCUUCCGAGCAAUAAUGCCUCUGCCUCCGUCACGAUCCUACGACCGCUGGAUCGCUAUCUGGAGCACGAAGUGGGCCAAGCCCACAAUCGGUCGGGCAAGCACAUUGGUCUGUCGGAGCUUCUGGAUCAGCUCGAUGUACUCCUGGGCGUAUUGGGCGUACCGGCCCCACGAGGGGAGACGGUCAUCUCAGACAGGCUGGUCCACCGGUACCUGUACCGUCUGAGCGACUGUCGUGAGAGAUUGAUGGCGCAUCGACAGCGUGCUGGUGCCACUCGCCAGGCGCAGACGCAGACACAGGCACAGACACAGACACAGACACAGACACAGACACAGGCACAGACACAGACACAGACACAGGCACAAGCACAGGUGCAGGCGCAGGGGCAGGGGCAGAUGGCUAGACACCCAGGUCCAUCAAUGCCUCUGCCCAGCGAGCUCGGCCAGCGACGUGGCUCACGCUACGUCUCGAGACCUCUGGAGUGCAGAGGCGGCUCGCCGAUCCUUCCGCCCGGACGUCGCAAUGGUGAUGGUGACGGUCACGGUUACGGUUAUGGUCGUGGUGACGGGGCGAGCUCGAGGGCGUCGUCCGCUUCAGUGGGCUCAUUUGUUGCAGAGGCCUCUGGCUCGACUCAGCCAUGCGAAACCGAAAGGGAGGGCGAAGGCGAAGCUGAAGCUGAAGCUGAAGCUGAAGGUGGAGCUGAAGGUGAAGCUGGAGAGAAAGGGAAAGGCGCAGGUGCAGGUGCUGCUGACCAGACGAUCAUCGAGUACAGUACCAGGCUCUCUAAUGCCGUGCGUCCUUGA